CUCCAUUUUAUAAAAAUAGCCCUUUAAAAAAGAGUGACACAAAUCUGUUUGUAUUUUGAUAAUGGUAUGAUAACAGGAAUGCCUGACCACGUUUAUUGUGAAUGAAUACAUACAUGUCAAAAGAACUACUCAGAUUGACUCAAUGUCUUAAUGUAGGAUAAAAUUCCAAAGAAACCUGGUAGCCUUUAUAGACUUUAUAUACCAAAAGACUCUCGAAUGGUUCCCAAUUCCGACCAUAUUUCCGAGUAGUUCCGACAAUUAUCGAUCGCCUUUUGGCGAAUGUUAUUGUUCAAACAAAAAACACCGCAUGUAUAAAUGGCAUCUGAAAACAACGAGGCAAACUCACUGGCAAAGUGCUCGGAAAACGACGAGGAGAAAGCAGAAGAAUUAGAAAGAGAACAUUUUAGGAAGGUUGUGAGCGCAUUUCUGCAUUAUGAGAAAUUUUCAAACUUACGAAUUGACAAAGCGAAGAAGGAUUUCCUCUCGCUUGAUGCGAAGGAUCGAGAAAGACUGCCGAAAUUCCUUGAGAACUUAGAGAAACAAAGGCAGUGUGUUGCUCAGAAUUUUGAAUUUGUUAAGCAGAUAAUCGGGCACACUGGUAAGGAUUGCAACCUUUUAUAUUGGCACUAGACAGUCUAAAAAUUUAAACUAUACAGAGCCACCUUAAGACAUAUGAUAUACAUGAAAUGUCCAACUCCAGUGAGCCACCUUAAGUCAGGUUUUUCACUGGUGUUAAAUUGUCAGUCUCUAGAAAGCCACCCCCCUAAGUGAAUCUGAUAAGUGCUGUAUUGUAGUCUAAACCACAGAGAGCCACCUUAAGUCAUGUUAUACACUGGUGAGCCACCUUAGGUUAGGUUUCAUACUUGAAAACUCACAAGUGCCACCUUAAGUACAGCAUUGUGUUUGUGUUUUAGGAUAUAUAUUUGAGAAUGUUGACCACCAUGCUGAUAUGAACACAGAUGCCUCGGACCAAAAAAUCACUGUCCUCUUCAUGGAAAAAGUGCUUACCACCGUAAGACAAUUUGUCCGAGACUGGAGUAACGAGGGGAUGGAGGAACGAAAAAUGUGCUACAAACCCAUUGUAGAUGAGAUAACAAAUUUAUAUCCAGCUGACAAAUAUAAGCCAAGUGAUGUAUCGAUACUAGUCCCUGGUGCUGGGCUUGCCAGAUUGAUGGUUGAUCUGGCAAGGUUUGGUUAUACCAUACAAGGAAAUGAGUGGAGUCUAUUCAUGCUUAUUGCUUCAAAUUAUAUCCUUAAUAAAUGCAGUGGUACCUACCACACAACUAUAUAUCCAUUUGUACAUCAAUCUUGCAAUAACAUGUCCGCCGAAGAUCAACUGAGGCCAGUUCAAAUUCCAGACAUAAAUCCCACCACGUUACCAGCAAAUAUAGACUUUUCUAUGAACGCAGGAAACUUUACAGAAAUUUAUGUUGAAGCAAACCAAUGGGAUUGUAUUGCAACAUGUUUUUUUAUUGAUACUGCUAAUAACAUUGUCUCGUAUAUUGAGACGAUUUAUAAAAUUCUUAAGCCAGGAGGGUACUGGAUCAACCUUGGCCCACUGUUGUACCAUUUUGCAGAUGUACCUAAUGAGUCGUCUAUCGAAAUUAGUUAUAAGGAGCUGAGAAAUUUAAUAAUAAACGAGUUUAAGUUUGAAUUACUUAAGGAAGAAAGGUUGAAGUCCACUUAUAUUGGAAACAAAAGGUCUAUGUUAGAGACUAUUUACAAUUGUAUUUUUUUUGUAGUUAGGAAACCAUUAUAAUUGCUUCUUAAUUAAUCCAACGCUUUAGAAUUGUCGUAACUAGUUAUUGAAUAAAUUGUGCAAAGAAAGUUGUGUAUUUAUUGUAUGUUUUGAAUGUUAUUAAUGAUAAAGAUGUCUGCAUUUAUUAACAAAAUGAUAUGGAAUAAAAAUAUGGAAUAUGGAGUAAAUGUAAUGAAAUAUACAGUAACUCAAAGUGACACUAUUGAUAUAUUUAGUACAUAAAUUAAAGAGAGAAAAAUGACAACA